AUGGAGGAAAGAGCUGUUGGUAUUAUGCAGGCAACACCUGUUACAACUAGAGAGAAAGAACUGCAUUUGCAGGUGACUCAACUCCAACAGAGCACCGGAAGCCUUGUCGACGAAUUGCGGAGACAAAAGAUGAAAAAUGUUCGGUCCGACACUUGUGCUAACUUCACAGUUUUGGUUCAUCUCAAAGCUACUGCUGCAGCCGCUGCUUCUACCAGAAAACAAAAUCUUAGCAGAAAUCAGACCAGCUUGACGCAGACCUCGCAGACUCCGCGUGCCCCAGUUGACUUGGUCACCGUGCUUGACAUCAGUGGUAGCAUGGCUGGAACUAAGCUCGCACUACUAAAAAGGGCUAUGGGAUUUGUUAUACAGAACCUAGGCACUAAUGACCGGCUUUUUGUUAUUGUUUUCUCUUCCACAGCUCGCCGUCUCUUUCCACUAUGUAAGAUGACUGAUUCUGGACGGCAACAGGCAUUACAAGCUGUUAAUUCUUUGGUUGCAAAUGGUGGUACCAAUAUUGCAGGAGGGCUGAGAAAAGGUGCCAAGAUAAUGGAAGACCGAAAAGAAAAGAAUCCAGUUGCGAAUAUUAUUCUGUUGUCGGAUGGGCAAGAUAAUUACACUGUUGGCAGCUCGGGAAAUGACCAACCUCAACCAAACUAUCAUUUGCUUCUGCCGAUUUCCAUCAGUGGUCGAGAUAAUUCGGGAUUUCAAAUUCCCGUGCAUGCUUUUGGAUUUGGCGCAGACCAUGAUGCCUCAUCAAUGCACUCAAUUUCGGAGAUCUCUGGCGGAACAUUUUCAUUCACCGUAACCGAAACUGUGAACCAGAGCUGUGAUCAAAAUCGAAACUGCUUUUGA